AUGGCAAGCCCAACCACCAUCGUAGCCAGCCUUCUACUCCUGGUAGCUUGCAUGUGCUACAUCUGCCCUACAGACUCUGUGACCAUUCCCUUUUCUUGCUGUAUGUCCUUUAUUGCCAAGGAAAUUCCAGAAAACCGAGUGGUUAGCUACCAGUUAGCCAACGGCAGCGUCUGCCCCAAGGCAGGAGUAAUCUUCAUCACCAAGAGGGGCCAUAAAUUCUGUGGUGACCCCAAGUCCGUCCUGGAUGCCAAGAGAAAGCAGCCUUCCGCAGGUGCCAAGGCACUGGGCAAGUUUUCCAUCCAGAGACACCAUGGCAACAGCACUGGGGUUUAA